UACCAAGCGUCCAAAGUAUACCAAAUCACGGCGCGAGCGGGGAACGAAAACUUACCAACCUACCUUGGGCUGCGACACGACAACCCCCAAUCGGCAAACCCAAUUCGAUCCACGGCGGCCAAAGGACCAGCAUGAGGUCGGAAAACCCCCCGACAGCGACAUGAAAUUGUUGUUUAGGAGGGCGGCGACAGUUGGCGCCUGCCGCCUGCCGAGGGCCGUCGGCAUCAGUCGCGUCAGUCGCUGCUUCAGGUCAACGACAACGACAAUAACAGCCCGAGCACCAACCGUGUCGUCGGCACGCAAUGUUGGAAGAGGGAGAGGGGAAUUCGGGUCCCUACGUGAAGAGCUCGACAAUGAUAAGGAAACGCCGCGCCGCAACCGGCAGCCCAAACCGUCCAGCAAGCGAAACUAUGAGCUGCUCCAAGCCUUCAUCUUGUCCCGCCUCACCUCGAUUCUCGAAACUGCCCAGCAGACGGGCGGCAAUGGCAUCCAGCUCGCGUCCUUUGGUGUCACAAGCGUACAGCAGUUAAAAGCCGAGGCGAACCUGUUCCGGGCCGCCAUCAACAAGUCAUUUGCCUUGGCCAUCGAACGCGGCGUGACGGGCCGCCACGAGAAUCCCCUCUUCUGGAACCUACGCUACGCCUUCAUCAAGUACGACGCCCCCGGAAUGACCACGGAGCUCAAGCAUUCCUUCCAGACCUUCCUGCUGCGCUCCGCCUUCCCCAAGGCCCUCGUCGAGAAGCACACCGAGAUCGCCGACAUGCGCUUCCCCUACGAGUGGUUCCCCGCCUCCCGCAUGCUGCAGCGUACCAUCCACCUCCACGUCGGCCCAACAAACUCGGGCAAGACGUACAAUGCUCUCAAGGCCCUCGAGGCGGCCAAGACAGGCGUCUACGCCGGCCCCCUGCGGCUGUUGGCUCACGAGAUCUACUCGCGUUUCAACGCCAAAGGUAAGCCCUGCGCCCUAGUCACGGGCGAGGAGCAGAGGAUACCCGAGAAUGUCGACGACUAUUUUGUGAGCUGCACCGUCGAGAUGUCGCCGCUCAACAGGGUUGUCGACGUGGCCGUCAUCGACGAGAUCCAGAUGAUAGCCGACGAUUAUCGGGGCUGGGCAUGGACGCAGGCCUUCCUCGGCUUGCAGGCCAAGGAGCUGCAUCUGUGCGGAGAGGAGCGCGCCGUCGACCUCAUCCAAGAAUUGUGCGCCAGGACCGGCGACAAGUGCAUCGUACACCACUACGAGCGGCUAAACCCCCUAAAGACCAUGGGGAGAAGCUUGCGCGGCGACUUCAGAAAUCUCGAAAACGGCGACGCCGUCGUGUCUUUUUCUCGGGUUAACAUCCACGCCCUGAAGCAGUCGAUUGAGCAAAAGACGGGCCAUCGAUGCGCCAUCGUUUACGGCUCGCUGCCGCCCGAGACGAGAGCCCAGCAGGCAGCCCUGUUCAACGACCCGAACAACAACUACAAUUACCUGGUGGCUAGCGACGCCAUCGGUAUGGGCUUGAACCUCGAGAUCAAGCGCGUCGUCUUUGAAGCGGCAUCCAAGUUUGACGGCAUGGGACACCGAAGCCUGACCGUCUCCGAGAUCAAGCAGAUUGGCGGUCGCGCUGGCCGCUACAAGACGGCCAGAGGAGAAAUCGCAGACGCGGAAAAAGCAAAAUCGAAGGCAGCAGCAUCCCAGUCAAACGGAGACGCCGGCCCCGUCGUAGUGGCGGCCCAGUCGCCGCCGGCCCAUAUCAAAUCAAUCGGCUACGUCACGUCACUGCUCGAGGAAGAGCUUCCUGCCAUACAGGAGGCCUUCAAAUCGACUGCUAAGCCCCUGAAAAGGGCGGGCAUCAUGCCUCCAUCCUUCUUGAUUGAGAAGUUUGCCGCGACAUUCUCUCCAAAGACGCCCCUGAGCUUUAUCCUGACGCGGCUCCGGGAGUUGUCGAGGGUUUCUGAGCUGUUUGAAAUAUGCCAGCUCAAAGACACGGUCGCGAUUGCCGACUUCAUUCACGAAUUCGACCUGACGAUGCAGGACCGCUGUAUCUUCUUGAGCGCACCUUGCGAAUUGCGGACGCCUAGUCAGGUCAGAACCCUCAAGGCGUUUGCGAGGUGCGUGGCCGAACUAAAGGGCGGGCACUUGCUAGAUAUUCCCGAGAUUGAUCUAGACGCGCUCCUACCGACCAGGACUCCAAACCUAACGCAACUAGAGGGCCUCCACAAGGACAUCACGCUCUAUCUGUGGCUCUCGUAUCGGUUCAGGGGAAUCUUUACCAGCCAACAUCUCGCAUUCCACGUCAAGUCGCUAGUCGAGGCGAAGAUCAACGAAGCGCUCGAGGGGCUUCACUGGAGGUUCAACUCCCUCGCCCAGAGGCGGAAGAUGGUGAAACGCUACACAAAGAUGCAGCAGAAGAGGGAAUCCAUGUUCAUGAGCGAAGAAGAGAUCGACGACGUGCUGGAAGGCAUAGAGGUGCCUCUGUUUGAGGGCGAAGCAGAGGCUGGCGCCUUCGAGGCCGAGGUCGACAGUGUAGUGCCCAGGGAUGAUGGACCCCGCAAAAAGGCCGUACCCGCGUAACUGCCCGCGGCGUGAGUGCGCCGCGGUAGCGAUCUGUUUACCAUACCCCCUACGUCGGGGACUGUAAAGAUAUGGUCAGGUCAUUUGUAUGAACAGGAUCAAAGUAUAUAGUAAAAUAUACUGACACAUAUGGAGUGGGUGGGGUUGGCUAGGGUUUGGGAUACAUGUUUGCUUUACAACUCCCAUAACUACGUAUAUCAUUUACCGUGUAAACACCCGUGAAUUUAGAG